CUCUCUCUAAAAACUCUCCCCUCCAACGCAGCGAACCAGCAAAUGUUCUUGUUAUAAUAAGAAUCUAAGAAUCGAUAAAUUGAUUCUCUCUAAAGCUAAACAUAAUCUUCUGAAUUUGAUUUUCUUGAGAGAGAACGUGAGAAGAAAAGAAAAUUCCUCUGAAAUGUCUCUGUUGUAUACACUUUUCAUUCCUGAAGAAUUCAAAGUCGAAGAAGGAGAGUGGGAAAAAGAGAGAUAAAAAGAAGAUCAAAUCAAAUAACAAGCCAAAGAAGCGAAGCAGGGGCAGAUAAAUAGAUACAACAAAUUGGAUAAAUUUCCUUCUGCUUCUGCUGGGUUUUGGCCAUGUCUGCAACAGUGAUCAGCGAUCCGAUGGCGUUGUCCGCAACAGAAUCACAGCCAGUUGCAGCGAAAAUGGCAGCUGAGAUCGAAAUCGAGUCGGCGAAAUGCGAUUGUUGCGGAUUGACGGAGGAGUGCACAUUGGGGUACAUAGAUCGAAUUCGAGAGCGAUAUCACGGGAAAUGGAUCUGUGGGCUGUGUUCGGAGGCUGUGAAAGACGAGAUGGUGAGAUUCGAGAGGCUGAUCAGCACAGAGGAGGCCUUGAAUAAGCACAUGAACUUCUGCAAGAAUUUCAAAUCAGAAAGUCCGCCUUCGGAUCCGACGGCUCACCUGAUCUCUUCGAUCAGACAGAUUCUGAGGCGAAGUCUGGAUUCUCCGAGAUCGUUGAGGUCGAUUCCGAGCAGUCCUCGGAUAAGAGACGGUGAGAUUGACGGAGUGUUGCGUACUCGAUCGGAAAGUUUUAUUCCUACUCUGUCUCUGGUGGAUUCAUCGUCAUAUCAUAUCAACAGCAAGAGCAAGAAAGAAGACAAUGAGUGAAAAAUCAAAUAGAAAGAGAAGGUUGUAAGUUUUUAACUUUCAUAUCACUCGUUGAAAUGAAUUAAAAAAUAAAAAUAAAAAAUAGGUGCUUUGUUUAGUUGUGAGGGUCAGUACAGAGCGAUUUAUUCUUAUUAUUUUUUCAUGAUUUUUUUUUUUUUUAGUAUAUAUUUGCGUCUGUAAUUGUGUAUAUAUGCAUGUGCUUAUAUAUUUACAUAUUUGUCUAUA